AUGAUGAAAGAUAUGGAGUCAAUGAGGGUACAGUUUGCAAACAUGAUGGCAAAACAGCCACAGCUGCAUGCGGAACUUGCUGAGCUUCGAGCACACGCUAAAGUUGCUCCUCAACUAUACGCAGAAGUCAACCAACUUAAGGCAUCCCUACAAGCUGCUAGAACUGUCGUGUUCCUUGCUCCAUCCGUUCUGGUGAGCGGCGCUCGCGUUUCGCGAGCGCCGUUAGCUGCCUGA